AUGGCAGCUAUUCCUCCAACCUCGACAGCACUUGUCUUCAAAGCCUUCAAUAAGCCUUUGGUCCUCGAGACAUCAUCGCCACCGACUUCUGCUCCUGCCGGGUCCGCUCUUGUCAAGAUCUUGGCAUCUGUUAUCCGCCCUCAUUAUCGGGAACACUUUGCUGGAAGAGGCUUUCUUCAAGUCCCUCCAAUGUCCAUCCCAGGCCACGCGUGUAUUGGUCGCGUGCUAGCAAUUGGUCCGGAUGCUGUAUUACUUCGUCCCGGCCAGCUUGUAUUCGCUCACGGAUUUGUGGCAGCUCGCGAUGAUCCCGUAAAUACUGGAGUCCUUUUCGGCUUGCACAGGGCUAACGGUCAAGGAACGGAGCAAGCUGGCGUACUUUUUGACCACUGGAAAGGCUUCUGGCAAGAGGUCAACUCUGUACCACUGGAAACUUGCAUUGCUCUGGAUGAAAACAGGCUCAUAGCCGAACUACAUUACGGGUUCGAUGAUCUUAUGUACCUUGACCGUCUUUCCGUCGCCUAUGGAUCCAUCAGCUCUGCCAAGCUGAUUGCUGGUGAAAUCUUUGUUGUCGCUCCAGCCAGUGGUCAUUAUUCUGGUGCUGUUGCGGAGGUCGCUGCUCAAAUCGGAUGCCGAGUCAUUGCGUUGACUCGCAAUGCCGGCAAACUGAAGCCUUUGACUUCUCGUCACUCAAAUAUCACGGCGGUCGAGCUCACAGGAGACCAUGGAGUCGACGUCGCUGCUAUCCGUGGUUUUCUCCCAUCGACCAACGCUGGAGGUGCCGAUGCUUUUAUUGACGUUUCGCCUCCUCAGGCGACAGAAAAUAGCAAUCAUUUCGACAUCGGGCUUGAGGUGCUCCGUCCCGGAGCUCGGGCUUUGCUCACGGGAGCUCUCCAAACGGUGUCCAUACCUUACUUCAACAUCAUGUGUCGUCAUAUCACCAUCAUCGGGAAGUGGAUGUUCACCCCUGAAGAGAUGACUGUGGUUGCUCGUAUGGUGGAAGCUGGAGUCCUAAAGCUGGGAAAGGAAGCAGGGCACGAACACGUUGGUGGAGGUUUCAAGUUUGAAGAUUGGGAGCAAGCUUUGAUUAAGUCAGAGGAAGCUCUCGAAUGGGGCAAAGACGUUAUGUUUAUGUCAUGA